CAAUUUGACAACUUAUCAAAACAAAUAACAGAAUUUGUUUAUACUCCAAUUUAAUUUAAACUUCCAAUGGCCUCACAAAACAGGAUCUUGGUCCUUGGACCAACAGGUGCCAUAGGAAGACACGUAGUAUGGGCAAGUAUUAAAGCAGGAAAUCCAACCUAUGCUUUGAUUAGGAAAACACCUGGUGAUAUAAACAAACCUUCCCUUGUCGCUGCUGCUAACCCUGAAAGCAAGGAAGAGCUUCUUCAGAGUUUCAAAGCUGCAGGAGUUAUUCUACUUGAAGGUGAUAUGAAUGAUCAUGAAGCUCUUGUUAAAGCAAUCAAGCAAGUUGAUACUGUGAUCUGCACUUUUGGUAGAUUACUAAUUUUGGAUCAAGUUAAGAUCAUUAAAGCUAUUAAAGAAGCUGGAAAUGUCAAGAGAUUUUUCCCAUCUGAAUUUGGUCUAGAUGUGGACCGUCACGAUGCAGUUGACCCUGUUAGACCAGUUUUUGACGAAAAAGCAAGUAUUCGAAGAGUAGUUGAAGCUGAAGGAGUUCCUUACACUUACCUCUGUUGCCAUGCCUUCACUGGUUACUUCUUACGUAACUUGGCUCAAUUCGACGCCACUGAACCUCCAAGGGACAAGGUUAUCAUUCUUGGAGACGGAAAUGUUAAAGGAGCAUAUGUGACUGAGGCUGAUGUGGGAACUUAUACCAUAAGAGCAGCAAAUGACCCCAGGACAUUGAACAAAGCUGUCCAUAUUAGACUCCCUCACAAUUAUUUGACCUCAAAUGAAGUUGUAUCCUUGUGGGAGAAAAAGAUUGGGAAGACUCUUGAGAAAUCUUAUAUUUCAGAAGAAAAAGUUCUUAAGGACAUUAAUGUAUCUACAUUCCCUCAUAACUAUCUAUUGGCCUUGUAUCACUCACAACAAAUAAAGGGAGAUGCAGUGUAUGAGAUUGACCCUGCUAAAGAUGCUGAGGCUUAUGAUUUAUAUCCUGAUGUGAAAUACACCACUGCUGAUGAAUAUUUGGAUCAAUUCGUUUAAGAAAUCAGUUUUUGUCAUCCUUGAGAUGUUCAAUAAGACAAACUAUUUCUUUUAAUUUUCUUUUAAAUGGCUUCACAUGCUUUGUGCCAAAAAUCCAUUUUAUGUUACUUGUUCUUCUUUCGUUCAUAAUAAUCACUCCUCAAUGAUGUAACAGUUUACU